AUGACAGCAAUAGGGGAAAAAACCGUAUUCUUUGCUUUAACUUGCUCAAUUACUAUGGACAUCAUUGUCAUAUUUGCUGACAAUAUGAAAUCAAGAUUCAUGUAUUGUUUGAUGACUUGUAUUGAAGGCAUCAGCUUUCAUCAAUUUAAAAUUCCUCCUUUUGACGAUAGAUACCAAGCCAAUGCAACUCUAUAUUUUAAGAAUACGUAUGGAAAUAUUCUUGGCAUAUUUAAACUUGAUGAAUCCUUCACUGCUCCUAUAACAACAACUACAAAUUUAUCAACGUAUAUUUCAACAACGACAUCCUCAACUACAAAUGCACCAAUUUCUCCACCAUAUUCACAAAGGUCUUGCUUUAAUUGUAAUGUAUCAAGUAGUAUCGUUUGGAGAUAUGGGGAAGACGGCAAACCAUUUUGUAACGCAUGUGGUUUAUACCUUAGGACUCGUGGUACGAAUCGUCCGUACGAAAAUGUAAACGGCAACGUUCAUGUGAUUAGAACAAAACACAAGGCAAAAGUGAUUCAAACGUGCAUUAUUUGUGGCACAAAUACGACAUCUGCUUGGAGAAAGUAUGGAGGUGAUACAAGGUGUAAUAGAUGUGGGUUGUUUUAUAAAAGUAAUGGUUAUGAUAAAUCACAUUCAUUCACAUUAGGUGAUUAG